AUGAGCGAGAAACUGAAGCCAGCUGCCCGCGUGGCGGGUCAGCGCCAGGAUGUAUGGUCCAUCAUCAACGAGGCAGCCGCCGCAUCGCCCAAGCAGCCCGUCGUCAACAUGGGCCAAGGCUUCUUCGGUUACAACCCUCCUGACUUCAUCCUCAACGCCGCCAAGGAGGCCCUCAAUCGCGUCGACUGCAACCAGUAUGCGCCGACGCGCGGCCGCCCACGCUUGCUCAAGGCCUUGUCGGAAGCGUAUGCCCCGCACUGGGGGCGCAAGCUGGAUCCCAAUAAGGAGAUCACUAUCACGACGGGCGCUAAUGAGGGUGAGUCUCGUCCUGCCCCUGAACGUCAUCUGUUGGACCUAAUUGACAGUGGUCAAGGCAUGCUCUCCGCCUUCAUGGCCUUCAUCGAGCCCGGCGACGAGGUCAUCGUCUUUGAGCCUUUUUUUGACCAAUACAUCAGCAAUAUCGAGAUGCCCGGCGGCAAGGUCGUCUACGUGCCGAUGCACCCGCCGAAGGACGGCGCAACCAAGACGCUGUCCGCAGCGGAAUGGACGAUCGACUUCGACGAGCUGGAGCGCGCCAUCACCCCACGCACCAAAAUGCUUGUCAUCAAUACGCCGCACAACCCCGUCGGCAAGGUUUUCUCGAGGGAAGAGCUGCAGAAGAUUGCGGAUCUGUGUCUGAAGAAUAAAAUCAUUAUUCUGAGUGAUGAGGUCUAUGAUCGGUUGUUUUAUGUGCCGUUUACUAGGAUUGCGACGUUGAGCCCAGAGGUUGAGCAGAUUACUCUGACGGUUGGGUCGGCGGGCAAGAAUUUUUAUGCCACCGGCUGGCGUGUCGGCUGGUUGAUGGGCCCUCCACACCUAAUCCAGUACGUCUCGGCGGCGCACACGCGCAUCUGCUAUUCAUCGGUCUCACCUCUACAAGAAGCCUGCGCGAUUGGCUUCGAACAAGCCGACGCGCACAACUUCUGGACGACCUGCAUCAAUGAUAUGCAAGCCAAAAUGAAGCGCUUCAACGCCAUCUGGGAUGAACUCAACAUCCCCUACUCGAUCCCCGAAGGUGGAUACUUCGUCAUGGUGAAUCUCGCCAAGGUCCAGAUCCCAGAGGACUAUUCCUUCCCCCCGCACGUGGCGAGUCGGCCACGGGACUUCAAGCUGGCGUGGUUCCUAAUCCAGGAGCUGGGUGUGGCGGCUAUCCCGCCGAGUGAGUUCUAUACGGAUGCGAACGCUCAUAUCGUGGAGGAUUAUCUGCGGUUUGCGGUGUGCAAGCCGGAUGAGGUGUUGGAAGAGGCGAAGGAGAGGCUGAGAGGGUUGAAGAAGUUUUUGAAGCAGUGA